GGAUUCGGUAGACGUGUCAGCUAAGGAAGUGGAGGGGUUGCAGCCUUCCGACACGUAAAAUUUACUCUGUCCACGAAAUCAUUUGAGGGGUGUCGUACAGGAAAAAUAAGAAGCAUAAUUUAGUUUUAUUGUUUAGACUCCAUUGGAGUUUGAUUUUUUUCUUCAGUAACGAUGCUGACUAAAUUUGAGACGAAGUCGGCCCGUGUUAAAGGGCUGAGUUUCCAUCCGAAGCGGCCCUGGAUUCUGGCAAGUCUGCAUAACGGAGUUAUCCAGCUGUGGGACUACCGCAUGUGCACCUUGAUAGACAAAUUUGAUGAGCACGAUGGCCCAGUCAGAGGAAUUGACUUUCAUAAACAGCAACCUCUAUUUGUAUCUGGUGGAGAUGACUACAAAAUCAAGGUGUGGAACUACAAGCUACGCCGAUGUCUCUUCACUCUGCUUGGACACCUGGACUACAUCCGCACCACCUUUUUCCAUCAUGAGUACCCCUGGAUACUGAGUGCUUCAGAUGACCAGACCAUCCGCAUCUGGAACUGGCAGUCCAGGACUUGUGUCUGUGUGCUGACGGGACACAACCACUAUGUGAUGUGUGCUCAGUUCCACCCCUCCGAGGACCUGGUGGUUUCGGCCAGUCUGGAUCAGACAGUGCGCGUGUGGGAUAUCUCCGGUCUGAGGAAGAAAAACCUCUCCCCCGGCGCUGUGGAAACAGAGGUCCGUGGGAUUUCAGGAGUGGACCUGUUCGGUGCCUCGGAUGCUGUGGUCAAACAUGUUUUGGAGGGUCACGAUCGGGGCGUCAACUGGGCAGCCUUCCAUCCCAGCAUGCCACUCAUUGUCUCUGGGGCUGAUGAUCGACAGGUCAAGAUCUGGAGAAUGAAUGAGUCGAAGGCCUGGGAGCUGGACACCUGUAGAGGACACUACAAUAACGUUUCCUGCGCAGUGUUCCACCCCAGACAGGAGCUCAUCCUGUCCAACUCUGAGGACAAGAGCAUUCGUGUGUGGGACAUGUCCAAGAGGACGGGAGUGCAGACCUUCCGCAGAGACCACGACCGUUUCUGGGUGCUGGGAGCCCACCCCAACCUCAACCUGUUCGCCGCAGGCCAUGACAGCGGGAUGCUGGUGUUUAAGCUGGAGAGAGAGCGGCCUGCCUACGCCGUGUAUGGUAACAUGCUUUACUAUGUGAAGGACCGCUUCCUGCGCCAGCUGGACUUUAACAGCAGCAAGGACACGGCAGUCAUGCAGCUCCGCAGUGGAUCAAAAUUUCCGGUGUUCAGCAUGUCGUACAACCCUGCUGAGAACGCUGUUCUGCUGUGUACUAGAGCAACUAACCUGGAGAACAGCACAUACGACCUGUACUCCAUCCCCCGGGAGAGUGACUCUCAGAACCCCGAUGCCCCUGAGGGCAAGCGUUCCUCUGGUCUGACGGCUGUCUGGGUGGCCAGGAACAGGUUUGCUGUUCUGGACCGUAUGCACUCGCUUCUGAUAAAGAACCUGAAGAAUGAGAUUGUGAAGAAGGUGCAGGUGCCCAGCUGUGAGGAGAUCUUCUACGCUGGGACAGGCUCUCUGCUGCUGCGCGACGCCGACGGCGUCACUCUGUUUGACGUGCAGCAGAAGCGUUCCCUGGCCACGGUCAAAAUCGCCAAGGUCAAAUACGUGGUGUGGAGCGCGGACACCAGUCACGUGGCGCUGCUGGCCAAGCACGGUAAACCAGCUUUACCCAUCAAACUUAGAGCCAUCAUGAUCUGCAACAGGAAGUUGGAGAGUCUGUGUAACAUCCAUGAGAAUAUCCGUGUGAAGAGCGGUGCUUGGGACGAAAGUGGAGUGUUCAUUUACACCACCUCUAACCACAUCAAAUACGCCCUCACAUCCGGUGACCACGGAAUAAUCCGCACGCUGGACCUGCCCAUCUACGUGACCCGCGUGAGGGGUAACAGCGUCUACUGUCUGGAUCGGGAAUGCAGACCACGUGUGCUUAACAUUGACCCCACGGAAUACCGCUUCAAACUGGCGCUGGUCAACCGCAAAUAUGAGGAGGUGCUGCAUAUGGUGCGUAAUGCCAAGUUGGUGGGGCAGUCUAUCAUUGCCUACCUGCAGAAGAAGGGUUACCCAGAGGUGGCACUGCACUUCGUUAAGGAUGAGAAGACUCGCUUCAGCCUGGCACUGGAGUGUGGAAACAUUGAGGUGGCGCUAGAGGCUGCUAAGGCCCUGGAUGAGCGAAGUUGCUGGGAGAGACUGGGAGAAGCAGCACUGUUGCAGGGCCAUCAUCAGGUGGUGGAGAUGUGUUACCAGAGAACCAAGAACUUUGACAAGCUCACCUUCCUCUACCUCAUCACAGGGAACCUGGCCAAGCUACGCAAGAUGAUGAAGAUAGCUGAAAUCAGGAAGGACAUGAGCGGACACUACCAGGGUGCCCUGUACCUGGGAGAUGUGGCAGAGCGAGUUCGCAUUCUGAAGAACUGUGGACAGAAGUCUUUGGCCUAUUUGACUGCCGCCACCCAUGGGAUGGACGAGGAGGCCGAGGCCCUGAAGGAGACCUUUGACCCUGAGAAAGAGAUGGUUCCAGAGGUUGAUCCAAAUGCUCAGCUGCUUCAGCCUCCACCUCCCAUCAACCCUCUGGACACUAACUGGCCUCUGCUCACCGUGUCCAAGGGCUUCUUUGAGGGAGCCAUUGCAGCCAAGGGGAAGGCUGGUCAGAUGGCUGCAGAGUUGGACAUGGAUGCUCCAGGAGGAGAAGGCUGGGGAGAGGAUGCAGAGCUUCGAUUGGACGAUGAUGGGUUCAUGGAUGCACAGGAGGGAUUAGGUGAUGAGGGAGGUAUAGUGAAAGAAGAAGGAGGAGGCUGGGAGGUGGAGGAGGAUCUUGACCUGCCUCCUGAGCUGGACGUGCCAGCCGGUGCAGGGGGAGGAGCUGAAGAUGGCUUCUUUGUGCCGCCCACAAAGGGCAUGAGCCCCACCCAGAUGUGGUGCAACAACUCCCAGCUGGCUGUGGACCAUAUCCUGGCUGGCUCCUUCGAGACCGCCAUGAGGUUGCUGCAUGACCAGGUGGGAGUGGUCCAGUUCGGGCCGUACAAGUCGCUGUUCAUGCAGACGCUGUCCCGCGGCCGCACGUGCUACCUCGGGCUGCCGUCUUUGCCGUGCCUGCGCGGUUACCCCCAGCGGAACUGGAAAGACUGCGGGGCUAAAGGUGGGCUUCCCGCCGUGGGGCUUCGCCUCGCCGACCUCAUCUCCCGCCUGCAGCAGUGCUACCAGCUCACCACGGCUGGACGCUUCGAGGAGGCCGUGGAACGCUUCCGCUCCAUCCUGCUCUCCGUCCCGUUACUAGUGGUCGACAACAAGCAGGAAAUUGCAGAGGCUCAACAGCUCAUCACAAUCUGCAGAGAAUACAUAGUUGGCCUCACCAUGGAAACGGAGAGGAAGAAACUGCCCAAAGACACGCUAGAGCAGCAGAAGAGAUUGUGUGAGAUGGCGGCGUACUUCACUCACUGUAAUCUACAGCCCGUUCACAUGGUCCUGGUCCUGAGAACUGCACUUAAUCUUUUCUUCAAACUGCGUAACUUCAAAACAGCAGCAGGAUUCGCCCGACGCCUGCUCGAACUUGGGCCCAAACCAGAGGUGGCACAGCAGACACGGAAAAUUCUGGCAGCGUGCGAGAAGACCCUGACCGAUGCCCACCAACUGAACUACGACCCUCACAAUCCCUUUGACCUCUGCGCGGCCUCUUUCGUUCCCCUGUACCGCGGGCGUCCAGUGGAGAAGUGUCCGCUGUCUGGAGCCUGCUACAGCCCCACAUACAAAGGCCAGGUGUGCCGAGUCACACAGGUGACUGAGAUCGGCAAGGACGUGAUUGGACUUCGCGUCAGCCCUCUGCAGUUCCGCUAAAAGAGCUGGAGCACACUUUUGUCCCUGAGUAGAGCCAUUCCUGUUCGCUUUCCUAAACAUCGUCUUAUCACCCAAAUUAAAAAAAUAAAUAUACAGUAGGGGUGGGAGAUUGAGCACAUCAGAUUUUCUGUCAGACAUGAAGUGUUGUUUUCACGCCAGUGCUCUCUGUGACUGCUCAUCACUUUGGUCUUUCUCAUCAGGCUGUACCUGAGUAUUGUGUGGGGGCUAUGUGCUCCUGUAACAGAGGAUGGAAGUUCUAUGAAGUGCUUCAAUUAAAUCACUCUUUGCUCUCCUCGUAACUCUAUACUCUAAAUGCAUUAUGUAACUUGUUUAAAUACAAGCUCUCCUGAUCUGUUUAAACUCCUGAAAUACUGAAAUAAAGCUCGUCU